CUGUAAUCGAUGUAUCGAUUAUUUUAAACAGCAGCAGCUUAGCAAAAAGUCAAACAAACAAACAAAUAUUGUUGUAAAAUCAACAAAAAAUGUCAGCGUCGACAACAAAUGCAGCGGCGUCUGCUGCAGCCGCAGCCGCUGCGGCUACUGAGCGCAAGUCUGAGCUGCGCGCCUGCAGCACCAGAAACUGCCAGGUGAACAAAUAUGUUGAGGUGACCAAGCGCAAGUGCGCACAAUUUGUUACCAAGCCUUAUAUUAUGUCCAGGCCGCUGGUGGUCAAUGGCAAGGGCAAGACAUCGAUUUUUCAAGUGGGCGGCGACGAGGGCUACUUGGAAAAUGUUGCCGCCUUGGCAAGCACAACGGGCAGCGAGAACAUCAGACCUAUAUAUCGCAUUAAACCAGGCACACAUGCACAUGUCAUUAACUAUGUGUUCAUAGAUGAGGGUUCGGAGUCUAUGGAGAAAGCAAAGUCGGAGGAUCAGGAAGCAAUGCGACUGCUGCAGGAAUCACAGCGUGAAAGCGCCACAGCCAAGCUGCUGAAACUAAUAACUACACAUAAGGGCGGCGGCGCAGUAGCUGCUCCAGUUACUGCUCCAGCUUCAGCAGUGCCCAGCACAACAGCAAUAGCUUCAGCUGCUGUAGCGCCGCCGCCGCCGCCGCCGCUGGUGGCCAACAGCAGCGCACAUGUCACCACACCGCAGCUGCAUCCAAACUUGGCCAUUGCCAGCGUCGAAGGCGCCGACGUUAGUCGACUACAGGAGGAAAAUAUUCGACUGCGUCAGCUGCUGUCGCGUCUAAAUGCCACACAACGUUCUUAAUUGUUAACUUAGUUUAUACAACUGACUUGGAGCUACACAAAGUUCUGUAUUCAAUUUAAAAUAUAUA